UUGAGUUCCACGAGUUCGCCAUUUUCAGCUCUGUCAUUCAGAGACUGUUGGUUGGCUGAGCCUGGAGGAAAGUCACAGGGCUCCGAGACGGACCGGCCAUGGGAUUGGUGUCAUUUGAGGACAUAGCUGUGCGCUUCACCUGGCGGGAGUGGCAGGGCCUGGAUGCUUCCCAGAGGACCCUCUACAGGGAUGUGAUGCUGGAGAACUACAGCAACCUGCUGUUCCUGAAGCCCUGCAUGGCCAAGCCUAAGCUGAUCUUCAAUUUGGAAUGUGGCUCUGGGCCAUGGAGCCUAGCAGAAGCUUCAGUGCAGAGCUUCCCGGGUGUUCAUAAAGUGAGUGCCCUGAUUGAUACCAGCAAGGAAAAUCCUGAGAUACAUCGGGGGCAACUUGAAAUAACUAACCAAAAGAUACCAAAUGAAGACAUGAUUGAAGCCAAACGGGAGACUCCACAGAAAGUCUACAAAGGGACCAGAUCAUGUCAUGGGAGAGCUCCCGUCAAAACAUUUCACCAGAAGUUAAGGGAAAACAAGAACCAGAUGUUGUACAGCGAAGAGAACCUCUAUGAAUGUAGGGAAUGUGGGAAAACUUUCUCCAAUAACUCAACCCUCAUCAAGCAUCGUAGAAGAACUCAUAAUGUACAGAAGCGCUUUGAAUGUACUGAAUGUGGUAAGAUGUACCAUUGGAAGUCAGACCUCACUGCUCAUCAGAAAACACAUAGACAAGAGAGGAUCUAUGAAUGUAAAGGAUGUGGGAAAGCUUUCUUCCGUAUAUCUCAUCUCAAUGCACAUAAAGUAACUCAUACAGGUGAGAAGCCAUAUAAAUGUACAGAAUGCAAGAAAGCUUUCUAUUACAACUCAGACCUUACUCGACAUAAAAAAACUCAUUUGGGUGAAAAGCCUUAUAAAUGUGAAGAGUGCAUGAAAUGUUUUUCCCGAAAGUCAAAGCUCCUGAUACACCAGAGAACUCACACUGGCGAGAAGCCUUAUGAAUGUACAGAAUGCAGGAAAGCUUUCUCCCAUAAGUCACAGCUUACUGCACAUAAGAUAACUCAUUCAUCUGAGAAUUUUUAUGAAUGUAAAGAGUGUAAUAAAUCUUUCCACUGGAAGUGUCAGCUCACAGCACAUCAGAAAAGGCACACAGGAAAAAGCUUCAUGAAUAAAGAUCACAGGAAAACCUGCCUCAAGUCAGCAGUCACUGGACAUAAGAGAACUCUGAUCACUGAAAAGCCCUGUGUAUGAGUAAUUCGGGCAAGAAGGAUUUCAAGUAUUUACAGAAGAAUUCUACACUAAGUCAGACUUACUGUACAUCAGGGAAACUCAUAAUUGAGAAGCUUUACAGAAUGUAAAGAAUGGAGGAAGGUUCUCCACUGCAAAUCUGACCUCACUCAUCGUCAGAGAUCCACAGAAAUGAGAAGCCACCGUGAAGAAAUUUGCUCAAGGUCAGCCCUAGCAGCAGAGAACAGCGGAUGAAGCAGAGCAGGGACGCUGUCUCACAGAACGUGCAUGGCUUAUCUGCCAGCAGAGAUCCACAGAGAUGGUGUUAGAGAGCUCGGUGGUUAAGAACUCUUGCUUUAUUUUAUUCUUUGGUUUCUCUGUGUAGCCUGGCUGUCCUGG